GAGACGUACCGUCACGAGAGUGGUGGCCAAUCAUAAGACCCUCUCGGGUUAGGCUUAAAUAAUAUAAGGUAGCCCCCCCCCCCCCCCCACACACACACCUCUGUGUGUCUGACGUUCUCACUACUCACAGACGGUCUUGACGGGAAGAAGAUGAAGCUGCUGCUCGUCGCUCUGCUGGGGCUCGUGGCCUUGGUCUCUGCGGCCGUGGCCUCGCCCCUCCUCGACCCGGAGCUGUCGCCCGAGUGGGAGUCCUGGAAGGAGUUCCACGGCAAGACCUACGGCGAGGAGGAGGGCUGGAGGAGGAUGAUUUGGGAGAAGAACCUCAAGAUGAUCUCCGUGCACAACCUGGAAUACUCCAUGGGCAAGCACACCUGGAGCAUGGGCAUGAACCAAUUCAGCGACAUGACAACAGAGGAGUUCCAGCAGCAGAUGCUGUGUUUCAAAGGCUGGAACAGCACCGGCGAGGACUCCAACGGGUCCGCGUUCAUGGCGCCCGCCGACUUUGAAGCCCCUGCGAACGUGGACUGGAGGAAGCAGGGCUACGUCACUGGUGUCAAAAACCAGGGCGGCUGCGGCUCUUGCUGGGCGUUCAGCACCACAGGCUCUCUCGAGGGGCAGCACAAGCGCAAGACUGGAGUGCUCGUGUCGCUGAGCGAGCAGAACUUGGUGGACUGUUCCAGGCCCCAGGGCAAUUUCGGCUGUAAUGGAGGAUUCAUGAACAACGCGUUCAUCUACAUCAAGCAGAACGGAGGCAUCGACUCGGACGCGUCGUAUCCCUACGUGGCACAGGACCAGCCGUGCAGGUACAAGCCCCAGUACAAGGCCGCGGUGGUCACCGGCUUCGUGAACAUUCCCAGCGGGAACGAGUUGGCCCUCAAGAACGCCGUGGCUUCUGUCGGCCCGGUGUCCGUCGCCAUCGACGCCACACUGCCAUCUUUUCAGUUCUACAGAUUCGGCAUCUACAAGGACACUUCCUGCACCCAGAGUCUUAACCACGCCGUGCUGGUGGUGGGCUUCGGCGUGGAUCAGUUUGGAACUAAAUUCUGGCUCGUCAAGAACAGCUGGGGGAGUGGCUGGGGAGAGGGUGGCUACGUGCGCAUGGCUCGAGAUUUCAACAACCUCUGUGGAAUUGCCUCUUUGGCCAGCUUCCCGCUGGUGUAACAACAACCGGCGAUGUGACAACUGCGCCGUGUGUGACAGAGAGCGCGCGAGCGAGCCAGGGUCUAUUUACAACCUUCCUCCUGCCGCCGCUGACUCCAUGGGCCAGAAGUGCUUCACAAAUAUUUCAUUUAACUGGGAUCACGAAUCGUUAACUAUCAACGUGAGUAAAUAAUUGAAUCACGAUUCAUUCAUUUUUUAAGGGUGUGUGACGUUUUUUUAAAACUGUGCAGAGUCGCGAUCGGUGAGCGUUACGGCUGCACUCCGCUGGCAACGUUUAGCAAAUCGUGCGUUACAUUCCCGCUACUAACUCGCUGUUUGCCCCUUUUGCGGUCGACGGAAAACAAUAUGGCAAGGAGGGCGAUUUAGGAGAAAGCUGCAGGCGAAGUCACACGCCCGAAUAUAAUUUCAAUAUGAAUUUUGAAUGAUUAUGAAUCGUUGCAAGCUUUGCGAUAAGCACCUGAUUUCCCUACCUCAAUACAAAUAAUUGUGGUGACCUUUCAUCUUCUUGGUUCUUUCGGUAAAGUCACGUAGAAGGGAAGUAAUAAAAUAAUAAAAAUAAAACAUAAUAAAAUUAUUCUCACGACGUUUCGGCCACAACGCAAGUAGCCGUCCUCAGGUGAAAACCAGGUCCGUCGAGGCGACAGAGUCUGAAUGAAACAGCACACGAGCUUGGAGCAUAUAUAUAAGCUGGGUGCCUUGACAAAGGAAUUUGCAUAUCAAGAGGAAUAUAGCAUAUUUAUGGGAAAUGCAAGAAUGUGAUUAGUACUACAUAUGCAUGUGCAUUAUGCAGGAUUAACAGCAUCAAAGGGAGCUGCAGUUGCUGCUGCUGCUGCUGCAGUUGCUGCUGCUGCAGUUGCUGCUGCUGCAGUUGCUGCUGCUGCAGUUGCUGCUGCUGCAGUUGCUGCUGCUGCUGCUGCAGUUGCUGCUGCUGCUUCUGCAGUUGCUGCUGCUGCAGUUGCUGAUGCUGCUGCAGUUGCUGCUGCUGCUGCUGCAGUGACCUUAUUAGCGCUGUAUUCAUUCGUAUAAUUUUUUAAAUCACUGCUUUUAAAAAAAACAUUUUACGGUGUGUGCUCGAAAUACCUCGAUAAUUCAGGAGCAACAUGAACAAAAUUCCAUGGAAUUCAACGACGACCCAAAGUUUACCACAUUUACAAAUAUCAACGUUCCAUUUUUUAAAUCAAUAUUGUUACUUUUACAUCAUUAAAAUAACAAAAAACAAUAGGAAAGGUACAAAAUCAUGGCUGAAAACCUUCCCGUAAACUGAUGAGUGCCAAAUUUUUGAAGUCGCGAUCUCGAACGCCAGACACGACGUUGGAUUGAUUCGAAGCUUUCGUGACAGCAGGAAUCCAUACUCUUUGGUUCUUUCGGUAAAGUCACGUAGGUAGAAAAUAAAAUAAAUCACGACGUUUCGAUCGCAACACAAGCCGUCGGUCGUCAGGCGGAAAAAAUGUAAUCCAGCAGUGGAACAGCUGGUUAAUAACGUCCUUCCAAUGAUUGCUCAAUUUGUACCCAUCUUCUCGGUUGAAGUUGUGUCUGUGUUUAUUAUAUAUCUGGAUGGCUUCAUGAACAAAUAUCUGAAGGUAGCCGGUAGGUUUGCAGAAGUACCUCCGUCUUGGAAAAAUCAAUACCUCUGCCGUUGCCGAUCAUUGUUUUAACGCUGUGGGCUCACACGACAUAGACGUGACUUUACCGAAAGAAGCAAAGAGUUCGACGGUGGAUGCCGUCCUCCCGGCGCUGCGUCGGCGUGCAAACGCGGCUCACGACCACUCGGCAAUGGACAUCUGUGGUGCGAAUAGAGCUUUCUGGCGCAUCGAAUUCCCCCAUCCAGUAUGAAUAAAACAUUCCGAUUCUGAUUGGCUCUGCUCUUUGUGAAAUUUCUGAGCUUCGGUUAAAAAAAAAAAACACGAGGACCUCCCUGCCAAGUAAAAGCCGGUGAUAUUUGGGACGUUGCAUAUCCAUGAACGUUGCUUAGAGGACGCUGGAUCCAAUCGUGUUCGGAUUCAAAGACCGCGUGUUGUGACGUACGGCCGAUGUUUUGCGGUCAUUUUCUCCUCUCGAAAAUUGUUACGUGCGCAAUUGUAAAUGCUUCGUCACGUGAUGAGUCGGUGCUGUGUUGAUCGGCACUUGAGAAAUGUGAACUUUUGACGACUUCUCUCUUUCUUCAUAAAGAUUUUCAACCCCA